AUCGAAGUCUCCUCGAGGCUCGAAUAAUGUUAAAUAUUUCAGCUCGAGACUCGAGAGUUUGAGACGAUACGGAAUCCUCGAAAUGUCAAACCCGACUCGCGGAUAAAGUACACAUAUCUUUGACAUGUGAUGAUUAUAUUAUAUUUUCUCGGGUUAAUAGUCGUCGCUAGACGAUUCGCGUUUGCGUAGAUAUAACAUUUUCAUUUUGUUUGACUUAUUUCCGAGGUGAACGAAAACAAUGGAAAACGACUCACCAAACUUGUUCGACAGCGAACCGAUGUCGGUGAAGCUCAAUUUUCCUGAAAACACCGCCGACAACGACGACAUCUUGACCGAGAUUUUAGAAGAAAUACGUGAAGAAGACCGCCGACCACCAGUCGUAGAAAACGCCACCGAGGCGACUGACAGUAUCGUCGACGAACCACUUGUUGACACGGUCGAGUAUCACACCGACAAUUCGGAUGACGAAGACGGCCGUACAGCUGAAGAACCACUUGUUGACACUGUCGAGUAUCACACCGACGAUUCGGAUGACGAAGACGGCCCACCGGCAGACGCUGACCCCGACCAGUCGACAGGGUCGCGGAAAGAGGAUUCCCCGGGCGCCAAGACGAAAGAUGUCCACAAGGGAUUGCCGCCCGGCCGCGUGAAGUUGAUCAUGAAAAUGGACCCUGACGUCAAUAUCGUGGCGGGCGAAGCAGUGUUCCUGGUCACAAAGGCGACGGAGCAAUUUGUAGCGAUUUUGGCGCAACACUGUCACAAAGCGAUGGUGGCCACCAACAAAAAAACUUUGCAAAAGAAACACAUAGACGCCGUGAUCGAAGACAAUGUGCCGUUUGAAUUCUUAGAGGGCACAUUAGAUUGGUAAAAUCGUUUUGAUUAUGCUCACAUUUUUUUUUACCCUUUAUAUAUUUUGUGAUAUAAUAAUGUACAUAAAUUUAAUAUGUCAAUAUACCAAUACUGAUUUGUUUAGAAUAAUAAAAUGUCUCUAGCACCGACCAAACAUGCACAG